UCCAGUUAAGUGUGUACGUGUGCAGGCAAAGGACAGGAUGGCUGAAGCAACUGAUUCGGGACCUGUGUUCUUUACUAAAGCUACUCCAGAACAGUGGUCAUAUGUGUUAUCUCAAUAUAAGGAAGUUUUGAAGGAGAGAGCAGCAAAGAGGACCAAAAAAGGUGGACCUGAAGAGCUUAUUCGUCUGGAUACUUGGUACCAAGAACAGUUACCAAAGAUUAUACAAUCCAGAAAGCCUCCUCACAUAGUGCAUGAAGAAUUGAUUCAAAUUGUGAAAUGGAAACUUAUGAGGGGAAAAUUCCGUCCAAGGCUUACCGACUUAGUUCGUAUCAAUACAGAAACAGCGGUUUUGCAGAUCAGUAAAAAAGCAUUUAGGAAACCUCCUAAAGAAUUAUCCCAGGCUAUCACAGCCCUUACCAAUUUAAAAGGUGUUGGACCUGCGACAGCAUCAGCCAUUCUUGCUGCCGCAUUUCCUGAUGAUGUACCAUAUAUGGCAGAUGAAAGUAUGCUGUCCACACCUGGUAUUGAAGCAACAGAUUAUACUUUAGCAGAAUACCUUAAUUAUGCAGAACACAUAAAAGCAUGCUCAGAUCGUCUAAAGAAACUUGAUCCCAAAAGUGAUUGGACUCCUCACAAAGUUGAACUUACUUUGUGGACACAUUAUCUAGCCAAGGAAUUAAAACCAUCUGUCUUAGACGGAUUGCCCAAAGCAUCGAUCAAAACCGAUGCCUCUGAAAAUGGAGAACACAACGAUGAUUCAGUUGCAGAAAAUGGAAACGGUGAUGAACCAUCUUCGGAUGCAGUUGUCCCUAACCCCCAAAUAUCUACAGACGAUGAAAAAGAAAUUCCAUCUGAAGAAAAUACCAAUGAUUCCAAUGCUGAUUCAGGGAAGGAAAAUGUUGGUGAUUCUGGUGAUGCCGUAGACGAUGAAAAUGAGACUUGUGAAGAAACCGCAGCAGCAGAGAAGAGUCCGCCCGAUGAACCUCCAGCCAAAAAGUUGUGUGUGGAGCAGUAAUUCCGAGUCGCUCGGUGUUUAGUUUGCACAAUUUUAUUCAGGACUUGCAAAUGGUUGAAAACAGGGAAAUUUAAGAGACUCCUAUUUUUUAUACAUAUAGGCUUUCUUGUAUUUUUGCUCUCCAUCAUCAGUGUGUGCCAUUGUCUGAAAUUAUAUUUAUUGCAUGUGGAUAUCUAUUUCAGAUGUUAUUGGCAAGUGUACCUUGACAUUUUAUUUUUUAGAAAUUUCCUGGAACCAUUUUUUAUGAAAUUUGACUUGAUCAUGAAUUGACUUCAUAUCUUAUUUAUACAUUAUAUACCUUAGGAAUAUUGGUGAGCUCCUUGUGUGCCCUCUUUCCCAAAUCUUAAUAUUUAUAUUAGUAAGAAAAUAUUUUAGUUGAUUUUUCUUUAUUAUAAUUUGUAAAAUAUUUUAAAGCAGUCAGUGUGAUAUUUUAUACAGGCGUUCCUUGUUUAACACAGUACUUUUACAACACGGUUUCGAUGUUACACGGUACCAAAUUUGCGAUUAUUAUAACACGGUUUUGAUAUAACUCGAAUGUUAUAGUUAAAAAGAUAGAAUUUCAUUUUUGUUUAAUACAUUCUGUUAAUGGCUGAUAACUCUAAUAAGUUUUUACUUUUUUUAUGAAACAUGGUUUCGAUAUAACACAUCCUUGAUUUAUAUUAUAUCAUAACGUAAGUCUUGUGUAACACGGUUGCAAUGUAACACGAUACAUCUUAACCUGAUUUUUCUUAUGCACAUACCUAAAUUAGUAUUGAAAAUAAGUAAAAAUGCUAUUUUUAAAAAAGAGUCAGAUAAAACCUUCGAUACUACACGGAGUGAAUUAACCGUGUUAUACGAGGGACACAACCCCCUAUAGUUGAUUUAAAAACUUCCAAACACUUAGUUCACCACUGUUUAGAAUGUAAACAAAGAGCUUGAGGAUUGAUUACAAUUAUGUUUGUACUUCAAUUGAAAAUGUCUGGCAUUUUGGAGUGCCCAAUGUUCUAGUGAUUCAAAACCCAGGAAUGCAUGUUAUUGUACUUUUUUGAAUAGCUGCUUUAUUUUAGUUCCGAGAACUUAUAUGUACAUAUACAUAAUGAAUCAGUACAAAAAGUAUUUAUCAUUUCUUGCUUUAGUUUUUUUUUUUUUUUUUUUUCAUAUGUAUCAUGUUUAUCUGUAUUCAGCGUUUUCAAGUUUGUAAAAUUUAAGCAAACAGCAUUUGAUGUGCUUUUUUCCCUGCAAUCCCUCUAACCAAUUAUCUCAUAACAAUUCAGCCUUUCUGUUAUUUUUAUUUUGGCGAAUAAUACAGAUUUUUUAAAUAACAAAAAUCAUUUUUCAGUAAGUUAGAGUUUUAGAGAAGAUUAGUUGACACAUUUAGUUGUAGAAUUUUCGUUACUUUAUCAAUUAUAUUUUGAAUGUCAAAAUUUUGCUCUCGGGUCCUUCUCCAAAUAUUGUUGAUCAUUGCGACUAAAUUUACAUUUUGCUCUUUAAGAGCUUAAAGGAUAUGAAAUUAAAAAAGCUGUGUGUUUCUGAAGGGAAAAAAGUGUUUUAAAGUGCUUCUAAAAAUAGUUGCUAAUUUGACUAUUUUAUUUAUAUGAAUUAAAAAUUUUGUUCUUUAUUUAUUAAUAAUCGUUACGAAAAGAUUUUCUUCUUGUUGUAUUUAAAUUAAUAUUCAAGUACUUAAGUUUUUUUUUUUUUUUUUUUUUUUCCAGAUUUGAUUAAAUAUCUAUUCAAAUUGGUAAAACCAUUUGCACUUUUUUUUUUUUUUUUUUUUUUUUUUUUAGACUUCAUUUUUAAUGGUACUCUUUGUUUAAAAUGCUCAUGUGUUAAUAGAACAGUUUUACUCAUUAUUGAUAAUAUGCUUUAUCAUACUAUAGGCUUUACUUAAUCAUAACCUGUCGCUGAUAUUACUAAAAUGUGUAGUUAAAUUUCUUUGAGGCAUACUUUGUUGAUUGCCUUUGAUGAACACCGAAUAUAUGUAUGUUGUCCUUGUUCUGUGUUGUCAGUGUAUUAAUUUGUAUAUUUCCCUUUGGCAGUAACAAUUUUCAUUGCAUUGUUAUAGCCAUCACUUAUACCAUGUGGUAUUUUUUGACGUUUUGCAUUUACAGAAAUACACCAAGAUCAGAGUUUAAAAGAAAUAAACAUUAGAUUGAAAGCGUAGCUUAGCUACUCAAGAGUUCUGGAAUUUCUAUAUUCCAAUGGUACGUAAUGUUUUGUAAGAGCUACUUGAAAUAUAUGUAUAACAUAUAUAAGAAUUUAUUACCUGGACUUUUAUAAAUAUAUAUAUAUAUAUAUUCAUCUAAGUAGAAAAUGUUGCUGCGUCUCUACUAUCAUUAACAAUGUAUUCAGAAAAUUUGUGCUUCUAAUAUAAUUGAAUGUUGAUGUCUGUGUACUGUGUUUGAUCUUGACGGCCUCGCCUUUCAGUCUAUGCUUCUUGGUAUAGACUUCUAAAAUACUUUGUUGCAUAGAGCUUAUUUAUUAAAAGCUGAUCUUGGUGUUUUGACAUGUUAAGAUUGACUUAGAAAGUCUAAAGAACAGCCAGUGAAGACCACUGCCUUUAUAAUUUUUGCUGAAAUUAAGCGCAUUUCGGCAAUUUGAUUGCUACCUAAAAUGACUGGAUAAAAACUUUUAUCAUUUUCAAACAUUUUAUUCAUCUCAUUGGCUUAAAAGUUGAUCCCCUCUUUUCCCUUUCUUUUUUUAAGUAGAUUUUUAAAAACUGUAUUUCUCAUGUGUUGUACUUGUGAUGAUAUAAGAAGUUGUAGAAACAAAUUUCUAUGGCAUUUCAAUCUGUUAAUUGUGUCUGCUCCUGCGAAUUGAUACUUGUAAGUUUUUCAGAAUAUUGGUCACAGCAAUGUGCACCUACAUUAAGCAUUCCAGGGCCAAAUAGAUACCUUCAACAAUGGCACAUUCCAUCUUAGAUAAUUUCAUGUGUGAUGCUGCAUUAUUUUCAAUGCCGUAUUGUAAAUCUUUUCUUUCCUUUUUCUGUACAUAGUGACAAUGUAAUGUGGUUCUCAAAGUGUAGACAUCUCGCUUCUGCACUUAAGAACCUUUAUGCAAAUGUUUUUACAUUAUUGACCAUGACUGUUUGAUGUUCAUUUUACGUACUCAUUUGAAUAGGGUUAAAAUGGUGGAUUUUAUGUGCUUGCAGCUAAUCUUCUUGGCUAAGCAAGAUUUCAUGUUCAGGUAAAAAAAAAUUAACUUUAUCUCAGGAAUUUCAUGUUCACUAUCUGCUUACAUACGUGGUAUCCUACGCUUUGCUGUAUAUGCAUAUUUCUGAACACACUUAUCUUUUUAAAGGUUAACUGUUUGGUUUGGUGUCUGGUUAGCACGCAAGAACUUGAUAAUUUAAUUUCCAAAUGUUUUGUUGCCUGCUUAAUUUAUCUUGUGUUUGAUUGUUUUUCUCUAGGUUAUGGAUAUUUUCUGUUGUAUGUAUGUAUUAUUUCCAUCUUUUUUAACAAAUUUUUAAUCUGCUUUAACAGUAACUUUGAGAACCACAAUUUGUAAAAUAAAAAAAAUUGUGUGUGUGAGUGUGUGCGCGUAUUGUACCAUGUACAACAACUGGUACUUUUUAAUGAGAUUAAAUAAAUAUUCAUUAAAAUCCCUGAAACCAAGAUCUGAAACUGACGGGUCAUUGUAGUGCCCUUAUAAAAAAUGCCUUUUAAUACGAAUAAAAAGUUGAUUGAAAAGCCUUUACAAUGAUACCUCAUUAGAUUUAAGCUACGACUUUUCACACUGUUUGAAUAUAAAGUGAAAUAUUAUGUGGCUCAGUUGUCGUGUGUUAAUGUCUCGUUAAUUUUUAUCUUUCUUGUUAGACUGAUUGAACUUUCCUGACAAAUGAAAGUUUCUCUUAAAUGGAUUGUUCUUUUGGUAGAUAGACCUAUUUAUUACAUUGGUUAUAAAAAUGUUUUUUCAUCUUAGUGUCUCACAGAAGUUUCUUCCUCAGUGAUUUCUUUUUUAGUUGUUCCUCCUACUGUUUUUCUGUAAGAUCAAGAAAUGUAUGAAUUAAAAUAAACUGUUUAUAUUAUUUGGUCA